AUGUUUAAACCAAAAAUGAUAGAAAAUGAAAAUGAUUUUUGUUGUUCUAAAGGACAUAAGCUACCAGUUCUUACAAUUGCAGUUGAUCCAAAUUUAUCAAGGAAUUAAAAGCUCUUAUGCUCAGAAUGCUUAGAGAACACAGACAUGGAUGCCAAAGUAAUUGGGUUAAAGAAAAUAAUUUCCUUGAUUGAAGAAAAUUAAGUAAAUAAGAUGGAAAAAUUACAAAAUAUCAUAAAUAGCUAAAUAAAUGUUAUUGAAUCAUUACAUUGUGUAGUUGAUCAAAUGAAAUCAAAUGUAAUCCAAAAGUUAAACUAAUUGAUUACUAUUAUUAUUGAAUGGAUUCAGAAUCUAUAAUAACAAAGAUCAUAAUAUUCUCAAUAUAGUUUUUAUGAGGAAUUAGAAAAUAUGCUCUAAAAGGAAAAUAAAACUAAUUCCGGCUAAUAAAUAUUGAUCCAUGAAAUUUAGGAAACCAAUCUCUGUUGGGCUUCCAAAUUUCAUCCUUAAUUAGAACACUUUAAUUAAUUUGGAGAAUAUAAUAAAUGUAGAGAACUAUUAUCAAGUUUAGAAUUAGGAUCUGAUUAAUUAAUUUAGAUUGAAUAAUAAUAAUAAUAAUAAUAGAUCAAUAUUUAAGAGAUAAAAUCAGUGAGUACUUUAAUAAAUAUUGAACCAUCUUAAACUAUAGAAUCUAGUCAUCAAUAUAAUCUCAAUACAUUCAAUUAUUAAUUAAUCUAAGAGUAUUCAAUCUCCUAAUAUGAAUUCUGUUGUGCUAUAGCUGUUGAUAACUAUUGUUCAACUUUGGUGGCUGGAUGUAAUUCAAUUAUUAAAGUAUUUUAAUUCAACUAAGGAAAGA